AUGCUAAUGGUUCUGUGUCAUAGCUUGGAAAAUAUUCAAGAUGGUCCAGUGCUGCGUGAAAAAGUUGAAAGACUAUUGCUUGGAGUACGUAGUGAUUCACGAGCAGCUCGCGAUCUCUAUCAGCAAUUUGAAGAGCAUUCUCGUAGUCAUAUGGUUGAUUGCACAUGUGUAGAAGAUAUACGAGAAGAUGCUAUUAGAAGAUGUGAACAGUUAGCUGAAGGACGUCGAGAUCAUUAUACAUUAAAAGAUCUGAUAACUCAUCUUGUCUUAUCGCGUGGAUUAACAAAUAGCACAUUUGAGCUUUGUAUGGAUGAAUUUCAAAGAGAAUUUGAUUAUUUUUAUGAAGAAGGUAUGGAUCAUGUAGAAGGUAUCCUUACACUUAUUGAUUUAACCAAAGAUGAUACCCUUAAACUUGAUCGUGUACGUAGCCAAUUAAGAAUACGUUUUUAA